AUGACACUUUUUAAUCAUCAGCGCGGUUGUUACCCCAUCACGCCAUCACAUCGUAACAAGCAUGGAUCAUCGGCUCUUGUUCUCUUGGAAUUGAGAAUCAUAUGCUCAUGUUUAUAUUGCUUUCCAUAUAUGGAAAGUAUGGAAAGUAUGGAAAGUAUGGGAAGUGAGGAAGGAGUGAAGGUGGCGAGGGAAGAGAAGAAUGCUUAUGGGUGCUCGAGCUGA